AUGAGCCCUCAUCUGUCGAGCAACGGGGUUACCCACCUUAAGGAUGCCCUGGACAAACUGUCAUCCAACUUCCCUGGGUGCUUUCUAACUGUGGUGUCUCCCACCGAGGUGAUCUUCAAUUACCAGACCGGCCCAUUCGAUGUCCUCCAGCGUGAAACGAGCCCUUCUGUCGAUGGCAAUACCAUCAUCUGGGCCAGCAGUGUGACUCGCUUUGUGGUUUCUUUCGCCUAUCUGCAACUGGUGGACCAAGGGCUCAUCGCGUUGGACACUCCAAUGAGCAAAUUCUCGCCGGAGCUGGAAUCCAUCUCACGCCAGAUCCUACGAGGCUUUGAUGAACAGGGCGAUCCCAUCUUUGAGCCUUCUAUCCGUGCAAUCACUCUGCGCGAUAUGCUUAACGGGACGAGUGGAUUUGAUGCUGAGUAUGGAGCUAUUAUCAAGCAAUGGAAAGCCAUUCCGGGCCACGAAAAAGGCUUCAUCAACACCUGCAAGGCAGAGAGCCUCAUUCACACGCCUCCGACCGGCCAGCCAGGUGAAGUGUGGAAGUACGGAUCCAGCAACGACUGGCUUUCGCUUCUCUUCCCCCGAAUCGCCCACCAGGAGUUGGAGGAGUAUCUCCAGGAACACGUCUUUCGUCCCCUGGCCAUUCAAACGGCCUCUUUCUAUCCCCACGACGAUCCCAACCUGGUUGGACGCAUCAUGCCACUGCGAUGGAUCACAAGGACGGAUUCAGAUGGGAAACACGAGUUUGAGCCUUGGACAGGCCAACAGGGGAGCCAUUUCCUGCCCACAGGACGAGCCAACAUUGAAUAUCCCACCGGCGGAGCUGCCCUGUAUGCCUCUCCAGCCGAUAUCGCAACUCUGCUACAGAACGUGCUCGCUGGCCAUCUGGGUGUUUCAGAGAACUUUACCCCCCUGCUCAAGCCUGAAACAUAUCGUCUUCUUCUCUCUCCCGAUCUGGAGGGGCCACAGGUCAUCGGGGUGGACGAUAUGCUCAACGCGUACUUUCAUUUCCUUGAGGAGGAAAAGGACAUCUUCCUCACUACAGACGAUGUUAGUGUCACUCUGGGUAGCGUACCGAUGAUAGUUGGCAAGGAGCGCAAGGGGGGUUGGGGGAGACGCCCUGGAUCCGCUGGAUGGGGGGGAGCAGCCGGAACAGAUUUUUAUAUCGACCCUGCUACCGGGAUUGCGGUUGUCUUUUCUACUCAAUUGUUGCCUGGUAGUGGGCCAGUCGUCAAGGGGUCCAAGAAGAUCAUUGAAAGAGCGCUUUUUGAGGCUUUAGAGCAGAAAUAGAUCAGUAUAGAUAUAGAAUAAAUAUAUUCAGUGAACUAGGCU